UUGUGCGUUGACCUUUACGUUCAUCUCCACCAAAACAUGAAUUUGUAAACAAAAAGAUUCCGAAAAUAAAUUUCAAUUAAGUUGGAUAUUUAAUUCUUUUAAUUAAAGAAAAAAAUGGGUGACAAGAGUCUCUUUUUACUGGAUUCUUUUAGUGAAAAUGGCAAAUUUUAUAUUGUAAGAAAAUCAACAAUUUUAGUCACUGACGAGUCGGAAAUAGAAAUAGGGAGAAAAGUUCAGUUUGCACAGCCAAAAAAAGGACAAGAUAUUGAAAUGGCAAAAAUAAAAACAGGAAAAAUUGUUAUGAAAUCAGAAUCAGAGAAAGAGUUAACAAAAUUGAUGAACAAAAUGAAAUCAGAGAUUGAGAAGAAGAAAAUUACUAAAGAGGAAAUGAAAGAAGAGGUAAAAAGAGAAUACGAUAAAAGAAGAUUGGAAAUAGUUAAAAAAACAAGGCAAGGAAAUAUUGAAAUGGCAAAAAUCUUACAAAAAGAGCUAAAUGCUAAAAUGAAAAAAAAAGAUUUAUUGAAUGAACUUAAUAAUGCCCUGAGAUUGACAGAAGAAGAGGGAGAGGAACUUUUGAAAAUUAAAAUGCACACUGAUAAUCAAUAAAAGAUUGAAUACAACUCUGAGUUUUAUGUUACAUAAAUUAAUUAUGUCAAAAUUUAAGUUCAUGCGACUAUGUUUUUUUUAUUUGAAAUUAUAAAUAAGAAGUUUGCUACAAGCUGUAUUUAAUAUGUUCGUAUUGUAAAACAAAACGUUAAAUAAAACAAAAGUUGAAUAAUUCUAUCAAAUUUA